AUUAUAUAUAAUUGUCCUAAUUUUACAUUGUGAUCACUGAAGAAACAUAACAAAAAUGUCAUCAAAGUUGAAGUUUGCUGUAGUAUGUUCAAGUAAUAUGAACAGAAGUAUGGAAGCACACAGAUUUAUGAAAAAAAAGGGAUUCAAUGUGCAGUCGUUCGGCACUGGUAACCAAGUGAAACUUCCAGGACCUUCAGCAGACAAACCUAACGUCUACCCAUUUGACACAAGAUAUGACGAUAUCUAUAAAGAAUUAGCAAACAAAGAUUUCAACCUAUACACACAAAACGGUGUUCUUCAUAUGUUGGAUCGCAAUCGUCGAAUCAAAGAAACGCCGCAAAGAUUUCAAGAUUUUGAUGGAAAGUUUGACGUCGUUGUAUCUGUUGAAGAGAGGGUUUACGACCAAAUUAUGGAAGAUUUUAACAACAGAGAGCAAGAGACAAUGGAACCGGUUCACAUCAUUAAUUUUGACGUUCAAGACAAUCAUGAAGAAGCAACAAUAGGAGCCUUUGUCGUCUGUGAACUCGCGAAACUGAUUGAAGCAUCUGAUGAUAUCGAUAACGAUAUGGAUGAAUUAUUACAAGAAUUUGAAGAAAAAACGAAUAGAUGUAUUAUGCAUUCAGUGCAGUUUUAUUAACGAACGAAAACAGGACAUUGGUAUAAAGUGAACAAGUGCGAAUUCAACCCUACGAACUGUGAUUAUUGAUAAACUGGAAAAAAUCAGCGAGGAUAUGAACACUUUCAUUUUUAUCAAAUCUGGCACACUUACAGUUUUGUGAACUAUGAGGAGCGGCAAAAGCGUUUUCCGUUUUUCAUUAUGACAAAAGGCCGGAAUAUCAAAAAAUUCCGGUAUGUUUUCUGAUUAUUUUUAAUAUUGUUUAACGGGUUUUGUUCUAUUUUUGAAUUGUAUCAACUGCAGGGUCUACUGUUCUGUUGCUAAUUAUAUUUAAUUCACAUUUCGGGUUAUUUAAGACUCGAAAAAUCUUGAACUUUUCGACUCGAAAGAGAAAGUCGAAAUCUAAAUUCAUUGAAACACGGCAAAAUCAUUUGUUUAUCUUUCAUCGAUGGGUAUUGAUUAUCAAGUGUGAAAUUCUGCCAAUAUAAAGAUCGAUAAAAUUUACUAAACAAUCUGCUCUAAAUGAUAUAAAAUUGGCAUCCAAUCGACCAUUCAUGUCGCUUAUUUUCAUAAAUUAAAUCCCUCUCCGUGUUUGUAAAUAUUGCCAAUAUUCUCUCGGUCAAACAAACGGCGCUCCAGAAAUGUGUGUACCAUUAUGGAUGUAACUAAUUUUGUUUUCCUAUUCUACAUCAAGUUGUGUAAAGGGACUGAAAUCUAUGGGCAGGGGUAUAUCACUUGGCUAACAUAGACAGUCCCCGAUCUCGUAAACAAAACUACGACUUUAUUCCAGUCAGAAGUACGGGAAAAUUUGUGCUUCGUUGAUCAUACUCAACUGUACACACAAGAGACUUUUUUCGGCUGAUUGUUUCAUGUUGAUCGCAGUAUAUUGUUCUCACCAUAAUAAUACUCUUUUCUUGACUAUUUUCUUUUCUUAUGCUUUUUUUAUAAUAUUCAUUUGUAUUUGUUGCACGCUAACUGCUUUAUGGUGAAUGCUUUAUAAAAUAAUAAAGGACAAUACAGAAAAUCUCUACAAUAA